AUGGGUCGUCUCAAGUUGCUACCGAUCGAGAGCAGCUCGGUCAAGUCCAGGGCCCUGGAAGAUGCUCAGCGGAUGCAACUGAGUGUCAAUGACUCUGCUAAGAAGGCUGGCAAUGUCCACCAAAUCGAGAAGGUUUUCGAUCCAAAUACAAUAUCAGACUACGACGUUAAUAGUCGAAACCAGUACGGCCGCUUAACGCAGCAACCAAUGUCUGACUUGCCACUGCGCGACAAUACGGCCCUUUCAAUUAUCAAAGAAACAAUGGUCAACCUCGGUAGCAACCAUGACUCGGGGAUUAAGCUUUCUCCUGAUCUAAAAACUACCAAAGCAGGUAGGCGGGGCGACGGAGCAAAUGGCUCGCAUCUGGCAUAG